GAGGACUUCUACCGGGAGGCCAUAGAACAUUGCCGCAGUUAUAACGCCCGUCUGUGCGCAGAGAGAAGUAUGAGGCUUCCAUUUCUGGACUCCCAGACGGGUGUGGCUCAGAAUAAUUGCUAUAUCUGGAUGGAGAAGACACACAGAGGGCCAGGAUUGUCACCGGGACAGAUCUACACGUAUCCUGCUCGUUGCUGGAGAAAGAAAAGGCGGUUGGACAUAUUAGAGGAUCCUCGUCUGAGGCCCUGUGAGUUUAAGCUUGACUAUGAGGUCCCUAUGAAAAAGGAAAGCAGUUUACCAGAGGGACCCGUCUUAGAAGCCUUACUGUGCGCAGAGACAGUGGACAAGAAGCUGGAACUGAAAGAGGAGGAGAUAAUUAGUGACUGCCAGAAGACACAGGUGGGAGACAUCCCACACGAACUGGAGGGUGAAGACCUGGAGGAUGAUACCCCAAAACGCAAGAACAGAGCGAAAGGAAAGGCCUGUGGGAUUGGGGGCAUGAAAAAGAGACAAGAUCCUUCAGCAUUAGAAGAUCGAGAUAAACCCUAUGUGUGUGACAUCUGCGGGAAGAGAUACAAGAAUCGCCCCGGUCUCAGCUACCAUUACACCCAUACUCACCUGGCCGAGGAAGAGGGAGAGGAGAACGCUGAGCGAUAUCUAAUCCCGUUCCAUAGGAAAAAUAACCAUAAACACUUCUACAGAGAGCUGAACUGGGUACCGGAGAUGCAGCCGCGACAUACAGUAAAGAAAGCUCCUGAUGGCUCCGUCAUUGCCAACGGUUACUGUGACUUCUGCCUAGGAGGAGCCAAGAAGACAGGGUGUCCAGAGGACCUGAUCUCCUGUGCUGACUGUGGUCGUUCUGGUCACCCCUCGUGUCUACAGUUCACCGUCAAUAUGACAGCUGCAGUUCGGACUUAUCGCUGGCAGUGCAUUGAGUGCAAGUCCUGUAUUCUUUGUGGAACUUCGGAAAAUGAUGACCAGCUGCUGUUCUGUGAUGACUGUGACCGAGGUUAUCAUAUGUAUUGUCUGAGCCCACCAAUGUCGGAGCCGCCUGAAGGUAGCUGGAGUUGUCACUUGUGCCUGAGACAACUGAAGGAGAAAGCUUCGGCCUACAUCACGUUGACCUAGAGCCCCUGAAGGAUGAAGAUCACUGAUGCCCUCAGACUGGUCUUGCUUAUUCCCAGAAUCCUCUGCUUCUUUCAUUUCAGCACUAUGGUCCUUCCCCUGCUCAGCGCCCUGAGCAGUGUAAAGUAGUUUCAUUGGUUCGACUGUGUAUUAAUACUAUGA